AUGAUAUUGACCUUUUUUGUAUGUUAUUUCGCCCUUCGAGGAUCUCUCGCUCGCAUUUCAGUUCUGGGCUGCACUUUGAGGAGCUCUCAAGAGGGGGAGAUCCCCAGAAUCUGUGUCCUUUUAAUCGUUUCAUGUUGGCUGGUGGGAUUUAUAGAGCUCAUACCACACAUGUGGGCAAUAUCUCGCUUCUCGUGUUAUAAGUCCAAUGAGAUUAAUCACUAUUUCUGUGAUAUUUUGCCCAUAAUGAAUUUGUCUUGUAGCGACACCACUUUUCUAGAGUUUGUGAUAUUUUUUGAAGGACUUUUACUUGUAGGCUUUAUACCAUUUCUUCUGACCUUUAUCUCCUACAUCUUCAUUAUCGCCACCAUACUGAGGAUCCGCACCAACACCGGGAGACGUAAAGCCUUCUACACGUGUUCCUCGCACCUCACGGUCGUUAUAAUUCUCUAUGUGAGUCUUUGCUCUCAGUAUCUGAGGCCAAGCUCGACGGACAAUUUGGAUUCCAAUAAAGUCUUCUCCUUGUUUAACACCGCGGCGGUGCCCGUCUUAAAUCCAUUUAUCUAUAGCCUAAAAAAUAAGGACAUUAAGGAGUCCAUGAGAUGUCGUCUGAAAUGGAUACGGUCACAAGUGUUUAAUAUUGAAUAG